AUGGUAGUUCAGGAUAAAUGGAAAAAAAAGGCAACAAUAGCCUACAGAAAAAAACAUAACAUUCAAAAUGCACCACCAAAACCACGUAAAAAGGACUUGGGGACGAACGAAUGGCGUUUUCAAGAGGCAUCAGGAUUUUUCGGCGAAGGCCCAGAGGAAGAGGAAUUUCCCAGUUUAGAGAGAUUGAAAGAGAAACAACAGGCUAGUAACGAAGAGGAUGAGGAGCAGCAAGAGGAAGAGGUCGAUUAUUCGAAACUACAAGCGCGUCCUCUCACUGGAAUGGGAAUUGGCCAGCAACGGCCUAAAGCUAAGAUAAAAUCAAUUAAGCGGGAAGAAGUACAGGAUACGAUACAAGCAGCUGAACAUGAGAAAUCUAUUCAAGACUUUCGGAAACGAUAUAAUGUUGAGAAGCCCAAGUUUAGCUUACCGAAUGCCUCAGGACAUAUAGGGAAAGAGGAAGAUAUCGAUGACCUUUUAAAAGAGACAGAUUCGUCCGAACAUAACACUUUUCAAAAUGAGUUCAACUCAGAUACACAACGUCCUUAUCCAUCCUUGUCUUCUCCGUCUCUUCCAACGACCACUGCCAAAGACCAGUCCUGGCUAGAUGAUUUGUUACGGUAA